AGGCUUACUGACUGACAUAUAUGCCCUUGUCAAUAGUCGUUAUUACGAUGUAGUAUUCUGCUUCGUCUUCUCUGGUUUCAACAUUACAGUGCCCUAACAAAGCACUCAUCUCCUUCAGCUGCCUCUUUCUUGAGCAAAUUCAACCGUCACUUGAAGAUAUGGCGAGUCCCGUGGACUCUGGGGGACAGCCCAUCCCGACUUCGUCUGUGCUGAUGGCCUCGUCGAAGCACAUCGGGAUGAGAUGCCAUUCGGAGAAUGUGGACUUCCUCAAGUGCAAGAAGAAAGACCCCAAUCCCGAGAAGUGUCUCGACAAAGGUCGGGAAGUCACCCGCUGUGUGCUUGGCCUGCUGAAAGAUCUUCACCAGAGAUGCACCAAGGAAAUGGAUGAUUAUGUAGGUUGCAUGUACUACUACACAAAUGAGUUCGAUUUGUGCCGCAAAGAGCAGGCAGCAUUCGAGAAAGCCUGCCCAUUGGAAUGAUUUUUCGGUAGGUUACUGUACCUGGCAAUCACUUAAUAAUUUUGGGCAAAUUCCAAUGAGCACAUGCCCCAAAAUCUCGGAGAAGUAGUAAUUUUUAUUCCUGAGUUUGUUGCCCUCUUGUGUUGUUCGAAUUCAGACUCAGAUUGCCCUGGUGAAAUGCUUUGAGGCAUAAGGGCAUGGCCCCUCUUGGUGGAAGGGUUUCAAUUUCCUUUGGAUAGUGGCUGCUCAACAAUCCUUGUCUGUAUACGACUCAAUUCACUUUGCCUUUUCGAGUUCAAUCUUAUCCCGUGAUAUGAUUAACGUUA